GCAGGCUGACAGAGGGGCGGGCAGAGACGCAGCUGAUAUCCUCAGACUUCAGACCCUGCACCUCCAGAGCGCGCUGGCUGCUGCGCGUCAAACGGGACUGGUUACGGGCGGGAGGGGGGAAAACAACGUUAAGCUGAGCAGAGUCAGAGCACAGCAGUCUGCAGCAGACGAGGCGCACACGAGUUGUAUUAUAGGGAUGAUUUUCUGGCAGCGGGGGAGACAUUAAAAUGAUGCAUGAGCUGUGCGUAAAAAUCCACAAGAUUCCUCUGAGGGGUUGACCGUCGGAGGACUGGGCCAGAGCACAGCGCGAAGAGAAGCUUAUUCAUGCAAAUUCGCCAAAUCAUAGGCGUGCCUUUGGGCGAUGGAGUCACAGCCAGAAAGGCAAAGCCCCCCAGUUGGAUCAUCCCCGACCUUCAAAGACUGUGAAGCGCGGCACACGGACGCAUUGACGGCCACACCGGGGCAAAGGUUUUGAAGCAAGGAGUCGGUUCUUCUCACAUUUGCUGUUCAACUCUUCCUCAACUCUGCGCAGCGGUUCUCCUCUUCAACUGGAUCACUACUAACUUACUGCAGCGGCCAUCACUAUCAACAGUUGUUUUUUUAUAAAUCUUUUUUCCCCCUCAUAUAUUUUUUUUUUAGCUGUUUACACUCAAUCCGGGACAUUUCAAGUAGCCCUGAUGCAGUUUAUAUCACCGACACCUUUACCUACACGUGUUUUUGCCUCAUUUUUGUAACCAUCGUUGAGAAAACUUUUUUUUUUUAUCCCUCAAAUCGUUGAAGGUUUUUUUUUUUUUUUUUUUUUGGUUCACCAGCUCCACACCACCAUGUCCGAGGACGACAGCUGCUCCAACCCCGGCGGCGUGCGCGACGCGGAGGGCAGCAGCAGCAGCAGCAGCAGCAGCGUCAGCGUCCUCAGCUGGGAGCAAGUACAGCGUCUGGACGCCAUCCUCACCGAGACCAUCCCGAUCCACGGCCGGGGGAACUUCCCCACGCUGGAGAUGCAGCCGCGGCAGAUCGUCAAGGUGGUGCGCAGCCGGAUGGAGGAGAAGCAGAUCCACGUGCGGGACGUCCGGUUGAACGGCUCGGCGGCCAGCCACGUCCUGCACGAGGACAGCGGCCUGGGCUACAAGGACCUGGACCUCAUAUUCUGCGCGGACAUGAAGGGCGAGAGCGAAUUCCAGACUGUAAAAGACAUAGUGUUGGACUGCCUCCUGGAUUUUUUACCCGACUGUGUGAACAAAGAGAAAAUAACCCCGCUGACUUUGAAGGAGGCCUACGUGCAAAAGAUGGUGAAGGUGAACAACGACUCGGACCGCUGGAGCCUCAUCUCGCUCUCCAACAACCGGGGGAAGAAUGUGGAGCUGAAGUUUGUGGAUUCCCUCCGGCGGCAGUUCGAGUUCAGCGUGGACUCCUUCCAGAUCAAGCUGGACUCCUUGCUGCUGUUCUACGAGUGCUCCGAGAACCCCAUGUCUGAGACCUUCCACCCCACCAUCGUGGGCGAGAGCGUCUACGGCGACUUCGGACAGGCCUUGGACCACCUGUGCCACAAGAUCAUCUGCACCAGGAACCCCGAGGAGAUCCGGGGCGGGGGCCUCCUGAAGUACUGUCACCUGCUGGUGAGGGGUUUCCGGCCGGCGUCGGAGUCCGAGAUGAAGUCCCUGCAGCGCUACAUGUGCUCCCGCUUUUUCAUCGACUUCCCCGACAUCGGAGAGCAGCAGCGCAAGCUGGAGUCCUAUCUUCAGAACCACUUUGUAGGCCUGGAGGACCGCAAGUACGACUACCUGAUGACCCUCCACGGAGUGGUCAACGAGAGCACCGUGUGCCUGAUGGGACAUGAGAGGCGGCAGACCCUUGGGCUCAUAGCCAUGCUGGCAGUGCGAGUCCUUGCGGAGCAGAACGUCAUCCCAAACGUGGCGAAUGUGACAUGUUACUACCAGCCUGCUCCUUAUGUGGCAGACGGUAACUUCAGUAACUACUACAUAGCGCAGGUGCAGCCGGUGUUUGCCUGCCAGCAGCCUGCGUACUCCACAUGGCUGCCCUGUAACUGAGUCAACCUUAAAGGAGAGGAGGAGGGCAGGAGUCUGAUUUCUUUAAACAGGAGUGAGCGCCACUGUCGCGGCCUCAGAUCUGUCCAGGGCGUUUACAGCUGACAGAAGAGAGUCCUCUUUUUAAUGUUUUGCAUCAAAGCUUCUGUUUUAGUUCAUACAUAAAGUAUGAAUGACACGUCCAGAACAGUUGCAGGUGUUUCCAGGUGCAAAUAACACACUUUUUUUUUUUUUUUUUUUUUCUUCAAACGCCAAGCUCACCUCAUCUUACCGAGGCCAAACAGGGGGAAGGUUUUCGAGCGGCUAAUUUUGGGUCUAUUUCAAGCGACGGCUGAAUGCAAAUUUGUGCCUGCUUCAAAGCGAGCAGCAGAACUGUCUCAGAGACUGAUCGAAUCUGUCACAAACUAAUUAGGCGGCGGGCCGAAACGGCUGCAUCGGUGUCCUGAGGCUGACGGCUCCUCCAGCAAAGCUUUAUGGGUGGUCUGCUCAGUGCAAAUUAACACACUCCUGCACACGUUCAGGAUGAAAUCGGAGGUGAGCGUGCAAAGCUCCAGGGAAAGAAAGCUUCUUUACGUUAGCUAAACCGAAGCCUGUUGCCUUUUUUGGCUGGUUGACUAUGUCCGCCUUGCACCUUUGCAACCAAAGAAUCUUUUUUUUUUUGGACCACUUCUGAUAUUACGACCCAACUUUCAACCUGGGAAGACUGAACACAAAUAUGAAGCUAUUGUCAUAUUGGUUUGUAUAUGUGAACCUAUAUUAGUUUCUAAGUGCCUCUUGCCUCUGAGCGGACGAGGAAAGCUCGAGAGCAGGCCAUGUGACCCCACUCUGGUAACACGCCCAUGCUUCUGAAUGUAUAUGUGAUAUCAUACAGUCAGUGUUGAGAUGAAAAAGAGCACCGUGCUUUUGGUGUGGAUUUUUUUUUUUUUUCAUUCAAGUAGUAGCCAAGUAUGUGAUUGAAAGGUAUUUCGUAAUGUUUACAUUCUUCAAAAUUCAAGAUGUUAUCCUCAGCGAGCGAUAUCCUGUCUGAAUACUGUUGCAGCAGUAUGGAGAAAGGUCAGAUCAUCAGCAACUAAACAACUCCAACUAGUAUCUUAUCUUCUGUGAAUGUUGUCCAGUGGUGCUUCUCUUUCCCCCUAGUCCAAGAAAGAGCAGACCAGGAACACAGAGGGGGGGUCUGACAGAGACCCUGCUGUGUGUGGUCCCCAGGCUUUAAUAACCCAUAAUGGAUGGAUAUUUCCAGAGACACCUCAGAUCAAGAGCUACUGUUUGCUGUAACACCCUCGCAGGGAAUUCUUCAGCUGCUGCCGAAGGGUUGGGAAAAGUCAGCCGGGGUCGGGUCCUCAGGUUCAGGGUUCAGGAGUCGUGGUGCCAAAAACCGCUUCAACCGUACCCCUAAAGCAUAACAAUGUGCCGACGAGCGCGCCGAGUUGAUUGAAGAAGGAGAGAAACGGCAGAGAAAGGAAGCCAGAGGGGGGGAGAGUGAUCGGGCUGGAGAGAUGGGUGCAGCUGGUGAUGGGGUUUAUCUCUUUAGGGCUUACUCGCUUAGCUGUAGAACGUGUUACCGUUGCACUCAGAAUGCAACUCGUAGCAGCUCGCAACCUUUAUGGUAAAACUAGAAUGGUCUAUUUUCAGCAUUUGCUCUGCUUCAAAGAAUGUUAAUAAAAAGAAA